UACCUGUUUGAACAGGGAUGCAGCCAGCUCGUGCUUAAGCAGAGCCACAGAGCACAACUUCACAGAAACUAUUAAAUCUUCCUGCUCUGGAAUGGCUUUGUACAUUGGCAGGAGAGGCUUUGAUGAAGCUGACACUCCAGGCAGUUUUGUUUUAGAAGGAUUGGUGAAUCCAGGAAAGGGGAAACACAAUGUCUUCACCUGAAAACAUUUAUUGCAUGGACAAUCUAGGAUUUGAAAUAGAGGAAGACACACCAUCCAAAGAUAAAAAUGAAGAACCCACCAGCUCUUCCAGAACGAAACAGAAACCCAAGAUUGUGAGAAAAAUAAUCCAGGGUGCUUCUACAGUAAAGUUGGCAUACAACACCCACUCCACAAUGAUUAAACGAUUGAUCCUCGGCUUGUUGAGUGCAGCCUUUUUGGGGUUUCUUAUCGCCGCAUGCAACCUUAAUCUUCAGCGAGCUCUCGCCCUCCUCAUCAUGACGUGCGUAGUGGUUUUCUUUACGGUUUACGAGCUUGUGAAAAAGUUGCUGGGGGAACAGAUCAUGAAUUUCUUCGCGCCUGUGAGUUUCUUCCUACAGAAGUACAGCAAGUGGUUUAAAUGGACUGUUGCUUUUUUGGCUGUGGUGGGAUUAAUUAUUUGGAUUGGCGUUGAUACUUCAAAAAGACCCGAGCAGUUAAUUUCCUUCGGAGGAUUGUGUAUACUCAUCUUCCUGCUCUUUAUCUUCUCUACAAAGCCUCUGGCGGUAUCCUGCCGAGCACUGUUUGUGGGACUGGGCUUACAGUUUGUCCUUGGCAUCUUUAUCAUCAGGACGGAACCUGGCUUACAGGUGUUUGAUUGGCUUGGAACCCAGGUUCAGACCUUUCUGAAUUAUACAAUUGCAGGGUCCAGCUUCCUGUUUGGAAAUGAGUUGAUCAAUGGCCUUUUUGCCUUUCAGGCAUUGCCAAUCAUUGUCUUCUUCAGUUCUGUGAUGUCCGUUCUGUACUACGUUGGCGCUAUGCAGUGGCUAAUUCUUAAGAUCGCGUGGUUGAUGCAGGUUUCAAUGGGUACAUCCGCAACAGAGACUCUGAGUGUUGCUGGCAACAUCUUUGUGGGGCAGACAGAGGCACCUCUUCUCAUCCGGCCUUACUUGUCAGAAAUGACCAAGUCAGAGAUACAUUCUGUUAUGACUGGAGGAUUUGCCACCAUCGCUGGCAGUGUUCUGGGAGCCUACAUCUCCUUUGGGAUUAAUGCAUCCAAUCUGAUCGCAGCCUCUGUGAUGGCAGCACCAUGUGCACUCGCCCUUUCAAAACUCAGCUACCCUGAGCUGGAAGAAUCCAAGUUCAAGACCGAAGAGGGAAUAAAACUUGAUAAGAGCGAAGAACAGAAUGUUCUAGAAGCUGCAAGUAAUGGUGCCUCUGCCUCUGUUGGUCUGAUUGCUAACAUUGCUGUGAACCUACUUGCAUUUUUAGCUAUUCUGGCGUUUUUGAAUGCAGCACUCUCCUGGUUUGGAGGAAUGGUGGACUAUCCCCAGCUCAGUUUCCAGAACAUAUGCUCCUACAUCUUCAUGCCAAUCGCCUUCAUAAUGGGAGCAGACUGGAACGACUCCUUCCUUGUGGCUGAGUUGAUUGGAACCAAACUCUUUCUCAACGAGUUUGUGGCUUACCAGCAUCUUGCCGAGUACAAGACCAGACGCUUGGCAGGUGUACCUGAAUUUAUUGAUGGCCAAAAGCAGUGGAUUUCACUCAGAGCAGAAACAAUAUCCACAUAUGCCCUUUGUGGCUUUGCUAACUUCUCUUCAAUCGGUAUCAUGCUCGGAGGACUCUCUGCCAUGGCCCCAAACCGCAAGAAUGACUUUGCGGAGGUGGUUAUCCGAGCUCUCAUCACCGGGUUCGUCACCUCGCUGGUGAAUGCAUGCGUCGCAGGGAUCUUGUUUGUGCCCAGGGAGACUUUGGACUGCAUAAGUUACCUCAAUAGCAGCUCCUUUAAUGGGACAAGUGUGAACCUCCAAAACUGCUGUCAGGAUCUCUUUGACAGUGUGGUGUCCACCAGAAAUCAAACCUUUGUUUUUGAAGGACAGUGGUCGAAAGUCAAUCAGAGUUAUUCUUUCUUUCAAGACUGCUGCAAACUCUAUAACAACAUUGAACCAUGUAAACACCACUUCUAACAAAUUUGUAAAUAGAUUUUUAAAAAAUUUGUUGUCCAGUCGUCAUGUUAUUGUAAAGAUGGAGAUUACCCCAACCAAUUGUCUACAAAACAAGGAAUAAAGUUGCUGGCUUUGUCAUGUA